AUGCCCGGCGUCCCUAGAUCCCGAGGGUGCCAGACAUGUAAGGACCGCAAAGUAAAAUGUGAUGAAACUUGGCCAACAUGCACGCGAUGCGCCGUCAUCAACUCGCCCUGCCCGGGGCCAACGUCACUGGUCAAAUUUGUUGCCAAGAAUCCCCAUGGUGCGAAGACAAAUACCGGCGGCCAACCCUUGACAAGAGAGCCUCGGCAGAUCACAUUCAGGAAUUCUCAUCUUCCCAUCCGGUUUCACAGUAUCAAUCAGUCAGAUUACCAGAAGCCUCGGCCCAACCCAACGACUCGCUACGAUCACAUCGCCCUACGGUUAAUCAGUAGCUUGGAGCGCGGCCCAGAGGGAAUUACCACGCUUCGCAUGAGCUAUUUGCCGGAGCUUCCGGUACGUCUUUCGGAGAGCAAGUGCCUACGAGACUCGGUAGACUUGUUUUGCGCCGCCUUGAUUGAUUUCCGGAGCCAUAAGCCCGAGGGAGAGCUGCAUGUAAUGACCCAAUACGGCAAGGCGCUCCGGAGUUUGCGGAUGGCACUUCUUGGAAAUGAGGCUCUCAAGCCGGAAACCAUGGCGGCAAUGGCGCUGAUAGAACGCAUGGAAGGAUUAUUCAAGCGAGGCUCCCCGUCCAAUGUGCAUACCAAAGGCAUCUUACAGGUACUCAAGAUGAAGGGCCCACCCAAGCUAAAGGACCACCUCGAUGUUGCGGUCGCGAACGAGCUGUAUGGUGUGCUGUUGAACGACUGGACCCUGAGAGAGAGUUGCAGCUUUUUCAAGGCGCCUGGUUGGCAGGAGGCACUGGACCGAGGUGUAGAGCAGUUUACGAGCGAGGUAGACAUGGGGCCAUUCUCAAAACACGAUACAGUCGAGUUCGUCGAAUAUAGUAGGCAACUGCAUGCUUUCAUUCUCGAGUUCCAGCAAAUCAGCAGCCAGAGUCCCACGAUCGAAACAAAGCCAGCCAUCGAAUCUUUGUGUCGAAGGGUAUCGGAAGCAGAGGUUGAGGUUGCGAGGAUUGCAACGGCAUCCAAAGACAGCGCUUUGAAGCAAGGCGCCAUGGUCGAGAAACCAGACCCCAAAUCACCCGUGGGGAGGAAGUACGAAUUCAGGUCUCCUUUUUUUGCCAUGGUAUAUCUGGGGGCCGUAUCGGUUCAAAUCGUCCUUCUUCGCAUACUCUAUGAGUCCGCCGCGAUCGUUGAAUCUUCUGAUGCUGAAGACACUGGCCAACGUCUGCGAGAGGUGUGUUGCGAGAGUUGGAAGGCUGUCCCUUACUUCCGGUCUCUGGAGUCCAUCGUCGCAGAGAAUUUGAUGGCACCGAUCUAUGUUAGCUAUGAGGCUGCCAACGAGUUGGAGGAGGAGUAUCUGUUGGAUGCGGUGGAAUACAUAGAUCGCGAUUUGAAGCGAUUUCCACCUGAAAGGAGUCAAAUGCGUCAUAUGAUGGUUCACAUUGCGAAGUUGAUGACGGGACGCGCAUCUCAGUCGAAUCUGGGAUAA